AUGAAAGUUCCGACGAGUCUCGUCAUUGCAGCGACCAUGCUCUUUUCUACGCAGCACGUGACCGCCAUUGAUUUUGCCGCCUCGGGGCUUGCAGACACGGGCGCGAGUCCGUCAACAAUAACAGCAACUGAAGACUCGCCCUUGCAGGACGAUACGCAGACGGGGUCGACCCUCUCGGAACUUACUUCUCCGGGGUUAUCGGACGACUUGACGGUAGCUGCCGGUUCUGCUCCGGAUUUGUUGGCGGCAAAGGACACGGGUACGGAAGACGAGGCGAGUGGGCUGGAUACCUUGAGCUCGGACAGCAGUCAAGCGGAGGACCAGGACGUCACGUCGGAAGAGGACGAGAAUGGAGCUGUUGACUCGGCGUCGUGCAGUCAGGAGUUCUCGCUCGCUGGCAGUACGGAAGGGGUCAGUGGCUCCGACUGCAGUGAAGAGCUGGACAUUGCAGACUCGGACUGUAGUGAAGAGCUGGAUAUUGCAGACUCGGACUGCAGUGAGGAGCUGGACAUUGCAGACUCGGACUGCAGUGAGGAGCUGGAUAUUGCUGGCUCGGAUUGCAGUGAGGAGCUGGAUCUUGCAGGGUCGGAAUCGGACGAGCCGGUUGCUGGUGGUGGUGCUUUGACGGACACGACCGAGGCUGGUGGUGGAGACGAUGCUGAUACUCCCGUUGAUGGCGGUGUCACGACGUUGGAUACCCCUGUUGCUGAAGGGAACAAACCUGAAGACACGCCUUCUGAGCCGGUUGCCACUGCAGAGCCCAUAGUGAAGAGCGCUGAGCCCGAGCCUGAGAGCGAUGCAACGGCCACCAAGGAAACUGAAGCUGAGGGUGGUUUGGAGGAAGAAGCGGGUCCUGAGACCGAUGACUUGGCUACAAAGACGGAGGAAGCCGGAGGCGGUGUGACGGAAGAAGCUGGUCCUGAGACCGAUGACUUGGCUACAAAGACGGAGGAAGCUGGAGGCGGUGUGACGGAAGAAGCGGGUCCUGAGACCGAUGACUUGGCUACGAAGACGGAGGAAACGGGAGGCGAUGUGCCAGGAGGUGGUGGUCUUGAGAUCAGUGAUUUGGCUACGAAGACGGAGGAAGAUGGAGAGGAAGAAGAACCUACGGAAGAUGAAGGCUCACUGACUGAAAACGGUGAGGAAACCGAGACGAGUACGGCUACCAAGAGUGUCGACGAGAUCUUGCCUGCUGUUGAGGGUGGCGGUGCCGCUACGACUCCGACUGAUACGUUGACUGACACCGCUACGAAAGCAGAACCUGGUGUGGAGACCGGCGAUGAAGAGGAGCCAGUGGACGUUAGCACUCCGGAUGCUACAGCGAGUACCCUCCCGAGCUUGCCAACAGACACUGCUACUACCGAUACGAAGACAGACUUGCCAACCGACACUGCCACUGGUGUCGAGGAAGCUGCUGGCUCUGACUGCUCUGAGGAGCUCGAUAUUGCCGGUUCUGACUGCAGCGAGGAGCUUGACAUUGCUGACUCGGACUGCUCUGAGGAGCUUGACAUUGCUGACUCGGACUGCAGCGAGGAGCUUGACAUUGCCGGUUCUGACUGCUCCGAGGAGCUUGAUAUUGCUGGUCAGGACGAUUCUUGCAGCCAAGAGUUCUCCUUAGCUGGCAGCAGUGAAUCUGACGAGCCGGAUCUUGGCAGCCUCGUGCUUCCCGUUCCUGAUGUUGAAGCAGGAGAUGCUGGUGAUACCGAGACGCUCUCGGGUUCGUCAGCUCCUUCUACGAGCGAGUCUGAAACUCCGGACGUAGCAGAAAAGCCUUUGGGGUCGGAGGAGAAGGAGGAGGGGAAAGAGCUUUCGGGCUUGGAUGACGCGCUGACGUUGUCGCCGUCUGCUGCCGGUUCUUCACCUACCGACAGUACUAUAACGUCACCUACUGGCAGCGAAGACAGUCAAAAUACUGCUGAACAAACCGCUUUCAGUGUCGAGGCGGUAAACUUCAAGUCGGCUGAAGAUGGCAACGAAUCGUCGUCGAACGCUAUGCCGUUCAUCGCUGCGGCUGCGGCUUGCGUCGCGCUGGCUGUUGUGGGUGCGGUGUACAUGAAGCGACGGAGCAGCAGGUCGAAGAAGGCAGCAGGUGACAUUUUCACCAUUGACAAGAACUCGGCACUGUAA